AAAAUCACACCAAAUGCAAAAAACACCCCCAAGACUUCAUCACAGAACAAUACAGAACACUGGAGGGAGUUCAUCUGAGGUCGUCAGAGCCCUUUCCACAUUAAGUGAGCCUUCAUUGGCACAAGGCACAUGUUGAAUGUAGUGGCCACGCCUCCGUCACUUAAAACUUGCCAUGAAGAGUGCAUCUGUAAGAUUGGAGAGAGGAGGCUGCAGAGAAGCCUCUGUUCCUUUCAAGGCUCCCUAAAACACCGCUGUGUUCUUCCGGAAGAACAGCAAAGUGUCUUCUGCUUUUGGUAUGAUGCUGGAAAAGUGUUCCUUCUGUAAGAAAGGGGAAUGUAUCAAACCUGUAAAAGUGGAAAAAAAGCUUGGGAAAGCAGCAGCCAAGAUCAGAAUUGAGGCAGAUGGAAGCUAUUUUCAGAUCAAUCAGGAUGGAGGAGCACAGAAACUGGAAAAGGCUAAAAUCACCCUCAACGACUGUUUAGCUUGUAGCGGCUGCAUCACAUCAGCAGAGAGUGUUCUAAUAACUCAGCAGAGCCACGAAGAACUCUGCAAAGUGCUGGCUUUUAACAAGACUGCCACUCCCAGUGAACAGAAGUUGGUGGUGGUUUCUGUUUCACCCCAGUCCAGAGCUUCACUGGCUGCAAGGUGUAAAAUGGGAGUCCUGGAAACAGCAAAGAAGCUGACUGCCUUCUUGAAGAGUUUAGGUGUGCACUAUGUUUUUGAUACAACCUUCUCAAGAAACUUCAGCCUGUUGGAGAGCCAACGAGAGUUUGUGAAACGCUUUCGAAAACAAUCAGAAGACAGAAAGGCUUUGCCAAUGCUUGCUUCUGCCUGUCCAGGUUGGAUCUGCUAUGCAGAGAAAACCCAUGGCAGCUUCAUCAUUCCAUAUAUCAGUACCACCAAGUCUCCGCAGCAGGUCAUGGGCUCCUUGAUCAAGGGCUAUUUUGCAGAGCAGCAGCGCUUAACACCCGACCAGAUAUACCAUGUAACAGUGAUGCCCUGUUAUGACAAAAAGCUAGAGGCUUCAAGGCCAGACUUUUUCAACCAAGAGUACCAAACUCGUGAUGUGGACUGUGUAAUCACCACAGGAGAAGUGCUCAAGUUGUUGGAACAAGAAGGAGUCUCUCUGUCAGAUGUAGAUAAUGCUCCAUUGGAUACCAUAUUCAGCACUGCAGAAGAGGAGCUCACAAGCCACUCUGGAGGUGGUUCUGGUGGCUACUUGGAGCACAUAUACAAAUACGCAGCCAAGGAGCUCUUUGGAAUUCAAGUGGAUACAGUUCAGUACAAACCUUUAAAAAACAAGGACUUCCAGGAGGUGACACUGGAGAAGGAUGGAGCAGUCCUGCUCCAGUUUGCAUUGGCGUAUGGGUUUCGAAACAUCCAGAACUUGGUGCAGAAGCUGAAACGAGGGAGAUCGCCUUACCACUAUGUGGAAGUCAUGGCCUGUCCCUCAGGCUGUUUAAAUGGAGGUGGUCAGAUCAAACUCGAUGGUGACUCCAGCAAGGACCAGCUGCAGCAGGUUGAGGCGUUGUAUGAGUCUGUUCAGACUGCAGUUCCAGAGGAGAACCGGACUGUCCGUGAGCUCUAUGAGCAGUGGCUGGGUGGUGUGGAGUCGGAAAAGGCUGUGAAAGCUUUGCACACGGAAUACCACGCCGUGGAGAAGACAAGCACUGGAUUUAACAUCAAAUGGUGACACUGAGAAGCCCAGAUGCAGACACUCGGUGCCUUUUUGACCCAAUUAUGUUUAAGAUGCUCAAAAGAGCUAAAGUUCUGUGCAAUUUCUGACUCGUGAGGGACGAGGAGGCAAUGUGUGUAUAGGCAGGCAAUGUAAUACCUACAGCUUUAUGAUUAUUGAAGUGAUGUAAAUAAAACCCAAACACUGGCUUUUAUGCAUUAUGCAGCCUGGGCUCCACGUAGGAUGAAACCUGCACUCUCUUUACAGCCCUGUUCCUCCCAGAACUGAUGAUUUAAGGUACUGGAGGAGCUGGCUUGCAGUGGGCUGUAGCCUCACUGAGGUGAGCUUUGUGCUCCAUGACAGAAUUACUCCUCCAGGCCUUGCUGUGUGUUCACAGCACUCAUUUUUAUGGCUGCCUCUGCUGGGACACCCUCAGUAAGUUAGGAAUGGUCUCAUUAGACCUCAAGGUUCUGCUUUAACAUUUCACUGCUCUGAGGGAGUGUGGUUUCUUUGCCCUGUCACAGGGGGUGGUACCAGCAUCCGGUGAGCAGCAGCAUCUCUGGGGCUGCUUUUUUUGCCUGCUGCAAUGUGAAUUGAAUGUUGAAGAGAAAGCUAAUAGUGACUUUAUUCCCUCUAAUUAUAACAGUUGUCUAUAGCUGUGGGUAAUUAUAUCUCUCUACCUAAAUACACAGUGGAGGGAGUCACAGGAUUGGCACAUCUACCCCAUCCUUGACAGCAGUUACUGAUGGAUAAUGUGAUUAAAGUCAGAGAAAACAGUAUUUUCAGUGUUUCAGGAAUUACCAGCUUUGUUGCCAAGGAAGGACAAAGCCCUUAGUGUCUCUGAAAGGUGUUACUGCACUAAAGUUACUAGAAGGUGCCUGUGAGGUGUAAUCUCUACAAGUAGUUUACUGGAGCAAUCCAAGAGGUUAGUAAAGCACAUCUGGUUUAA